AUGGCUACCCAGGUUUGUGGUGACACUAACCAAAAAACCAAGCAUUUACAAGGGCAGUGCAAGGCCGCUAUAACACGAUGUGUUACCUUUUUGAACAAGAAGACGGACCCGAGUGUUUUCGAGUUGACGAACAGAAGGAAAGCAAUAGAAGAAGCGUUCGCGCGCUACCACCAGCUGGCGGACGAGGCCAUUCUGCAAGGCCAGGAGGUGUUGGACGGUGAAGAGGAGUUCGAGGACCGCUAUUACGAUGUCCUUUCCCGGAUCGACGCUCUUCUGGACCGCCGCAGCAGUGCUUCGCCGCUGGGGUUUGCGUGUGCCGUGGACGCUUCGACGCCGCUGUUCGAGACCACGAGGCUGCCUCCGAUAGAAAUCCAAUCGUUUGACGGUAACAACGUCUGUACAUACAAGCCAUUCAUGGAGCUUUUUAUGGCAUUAAUAGGCAAAAACUGUAAGUUAUCCAAUGUACAAAAAUUAUAUUAUUUAAAGGGCUAUUUAAAGGGCGAGGCUUUGAAUCUUGUAAAUAAUCUGCCUCUCAUAAACCAGUCGUACGAUGAUGCUAUUGCUUUGUUAAAUAGGAGAUACGACACUAAGGGACUAAUGAUUAAAACGCAUAUUAGUGCUCUUUUAGAUCUGCCUAGUAUUACGCUUGGCACUGCCCAGGCCAUCCGUUCCUUAGUGUCACAGAUUUCGCAGCAAAUGAGCGCGCUACGUAGCUAUGAUGAGCCCGUUGAUAGCUGGGACUCCAUAUUGGUGUGCAUCAUGAUGAAGAAAUUAGAUUCACUGACUGUAAGAUUGUUUAGUGCAGAGCAGGACUAUCGUAACAUGCCCAGUAUGGAGUCGCUGGUAAGUUUCCUAGAGAGACGUGCUAUCUCGCUGGAGGCUAGCUCGGCUUGUGACACGAGCCGUACAGAAAGGGCUUCGAGGUCUUUUCAUAUUUCCACUUGUAAUACAAAACCUAAUCCAGAGUGUAAUAAUGCAAAAUCAACAAUGAUUCCUUGUUUGUUGUGUAAAAAUGACUAUCACAAAUUGUACAAAUGCCCUACUUUUUUAUUGAUGACUAAUUCAGAAAGGCUUUCACAUGUAAAUAAUUACAAUUUAUGUAAAAUAUGUUUAAAUAAGCAUGCACAAAAAUGUAGAUACCAUUUUACAUGUUCUUUAUGCAAAGAGAAUUCCCAUAAUUCUUUAAUACAUAAUAAUUCAUUUGAACAAUCAAAAUCUGUACAUAAUAUUAAUACAUUGCAUGCAUCCAACAAUGUAAAUAAUUCAUGUCAAUCUGAAACUGUACAUACUCAUCCAAAUAAUAAUUUGUUUCCCACUACUUAUUCACACAGGCAAAAUAAUAUGCCUCAUGUCGUCAAGACUGUAUUAGACUCAGGGAGUCAAGCUUCUUUUUGUAAUCAGGCCUUAGUCGUCAUGCCAGGUCUUCAUACAUAUUAUAAUACAAAGGUAUUUCAUACAUUGGGUCAAACUCGAUGGGGGUCUUGGUGA